AACCAUCAGAAACUGGAAUGAAAACGAAGUUAUGAAAGCGUUCUGCGUUCAUGUCCACGCAUAUUGUUUGCUGAUCGUAAUUGGCAUAUGAUUUAACCUUCCUGACUGUCAAAAAAUUGUAAAAUGAACAACCUCAAGAGAUAAAUGUACUAACUACUGAUGAGUGAUAUAAAUUUGUAACAAUCCGCAAAAAGAAAAGCUCUCUUUAUCAAAUUAAUGACGUCACAUCACCGACGGGAAUUCGAUUGUAAAACGCCUCUGUUAACACUGCGUAUAAUGCAUCGGUUGUAUCUCCCGUAGCGAAGUCAGACGUAUAUAUAGAUCGGAUCACGACUGCUGCAUUUUCUUAUUGAUGUCAGGAGGUUUAUGAAUGAAAACCCUCUUGUACCUUGCUGUUAAUUAUUGUUAUACGAACCACACGUGAGUCUGUAUAAUGGGAAACCAAGGAAGUAAGAAAUUAGGGAAGCCGUCAGGAAAAUUUGAAAUGGAAGGUGAAGAAGCAAAAAUAUUACAAAGAUUAGAAGAUGCUGAGGAACAAGAAAUCGACUCUUAUGAUAAGUUAAUGGCAUGGCUUCUUGAAAUGGCAUCAAAUGAAGAACACUAUGGACCGGAUAAAGCCACCCAUGUGGAAGAAAUUAAAAAAGCAUGCGCACAAGCCAGAGAAAAACGAACAGCUUGGAGUCAACACUCUGCGUCAUGUGAUUCACAUACUAGUGCAGAAACUUCUCAAAUGAGUCGCUCAGGAAAAUCAGAAGAUUUUGUUGACAUUAAAUCACGGUUAAGCGUCCCUUUUAGUAGUCGUCAGACGACAUUAAGUGAUGAAGAUGAAACUGCAUCUAACGAUGGAAAAUACAGACUUGCCAUCCCAUCUUUGAGCAGACAGGCAACCUCAAGUGAUGACGAAGAAGGCGAUGGAAAACAUCGACUGGUUGUCCCUUUGUCGAGUCGACAGACAACCUUUAGCGAUGAUGAUCACAGAGAUGGAAUGGGAUUGGAUUCGGAAGAUAUUUCAGAGCACACUGUGUUAGUGCCACCAAAGGAGUAUCUAAAACAUCUGGAUCCAAAAGAAGCUCUAACAAGGCGGAGAAAAAAUUUUAGAAUGUCAGGAAAGAAUCCUAUAUUCAGUGCCAGUGUAGGCCAACUUCCGGACAAUAAUGUUAUAGCUUUUAAUUCUGGUCUGUCUAAGAAAUCCGCUAGUAUAGCUGUUAUGAGACAACCAACCUUUGAAAGAGAAGAAAGCAUAGAAUCACCGGCAUGUGAAGAUUUCGAAAAAGUGUUGGAUGACAAAUUACUUGAUCGGAACAUCAAAGACAUACUUCUUUCUGUAGAGGUCUUAUUCAACAACAAGUGAUUCACUCAGAGAGCACCUGCAGGAGAAGUACUACAUGGUUUCCACAAGCCUGUAUGGAAACAAAACAUUUCAAUCUGCCGAUGAAAGAAACAUCCGUUUCUGAUAUUUCUUGAUAUAGAAAGGAUGAGCGAGCAAAGUUGUUUUUGUAGCAAAAGAAAAUGAUUACCGAAUUUGGUGCUUGUUCGUUGUCAUACUUGACAAAGGCCGUGUACAAAAUCAGGAAAUGUUAUUGUUGGAAAAGAUGGGACCCAAUCAAUUACAAACAUUCCACGUGGAAGGAUAUGUGUGUCAAAUGAACUUACAUAUUUGUCAACCUGAGAAAGGAAGGUGUUUAUUAUAUUGUGCUUUGAAUUAUUGCUUUAAGCAAUAUAUUUUAUGUUUUUUUUUAAUUUUUGUUUUAUAUAUAUAUAAUGGCAUGAGAUGUUUCAAUUAAAAUGUCGUUUUUACUCUAAUUUAAACUGUGUAAAAUUUGUAUUAUGAAUAAAUUUGUUUACAAAUUUUGAAGCAAAUAAAACGCUUGUAUGAAUACUAGAAAUGGAACUUUGAAAAAUUUGGUACAGUGAACAAAAGUAUAUAUAUGCUAUGUACUUUAAUGUAUUGAUUUUCUGCGACUUUUUAAACUAGUGGUUGUACUUUGAUUUUUCACUGAUAUUUUGGUGCUUUGAAUUGUUAUGAUGCGUUGAAUAAUUUUUUGGGUUGGAUUAUGAUAAGUAUAGCAUUGAUACUGGUAUCUUGGAUGUUAAAUUUGAAAUUAAGGUUUCGCCAAAGGUCAACAUGUCCAAAAAUUUAUUUUUACAAUAACUCCAAAACUAUGUGAGGUAUAAAGUUAAAACUUUUACAGUUUAUAAAUGUUUCAUUGAUUAACAGAUAGAAAGUAUCACUUGAUAAAAAAUACUUGGAAAAAAUAUUUAAAUUGAGAAAAAAAUCUUUUUAAAAAUGCAUGUAUUUUCAGAAAAUCCACUGAAUUAAUUCCGUGCUUUUAGUGGAAACCAUCACUGCAGAAACAAAAUAUGUUUAUCAAUGAAGAGCUAGUUGGACUUGGAUAGCCUCUGGAAAGAUAUUUUCCCUGUUUAUUUUGUCCAAAUGUUAAGACUUGAAAGCGAAAGUACAUUGCAAAAGGCGGGUUCUACAGGGGUCUUGUCUUUAUACAUGUCAUGCUUUCAAUAACAGCCUUUCAGAGACCAUUCACAUCCAACUUGCCCUUUAAUGAUAAACAUAUAUUAUUUCUGCAAUGAUGGUUUUCACAAAAAGGACAGAAUUAAGCAGGUGAAUUUCUCUUAAAAUAUGCACAUUUUCUGAUAAAAUUUUUCUAAAAAAAUAUCUUUUUUAAAAUACUUGUUAUCAAGUGAUACUUUUUAUCUAUUAAUCGAUAAUAUAUUUAUAAACUGUAA